GGCCUGCUACGCCACGCCUAUGAAACAACAUUCUGAUAACUAGACGUAUCGAGCUGCGGGCUGUGUCCAUGCUCUGCCUGUUCAUCCGUACCGUGACUACGUAUUCGAAUAUCUACCGUGCACCUUCCGGACCGAACAUCCUUCUCAUGCGGCUCUCCACGCUGCUGCAUGUAUCGAUACUCACCCAGCUUCUCCUGCAGUCGCUGACGAACCUUAGAUAUGGAACCAGGAUUGAAUCCGAAUCGUCCGAUUCCGGUUUGUGCUGCGGUAUUGCUGGGGUAAAGACAGUCUCCCCCGCCCCUUUGCUGAAGCCCACCUGGCCCUGGCCCUAAGCCCUCGCCUUCACGCGUCCCUAGCGCGAAGCGACCCCCACCAUGGCGACAGCUACCGUGAGGACGAAGCCAGCGAAGACGACGCGCGCUCAGCAGCCGAAGACUGCGACGUUCGCCAAUGGGAACGCGAACUCGAACACCACGCUGACGCUCCAUCUCAACGUGAACGCCGGUGCGGGCAGCCGCGCGAUCUCCCUCGGCAACGGCAACAACGCGGCAGGGGGACGGCGCACUGGCAGCAGCGCAGCAGGUAGGCAGGUGAGUGCGAUCGCACCAGCCUACUCCUACUCGGGUUAUCGAUCCUGGUGCGUACACUUCGUGUAGACCCGGGGCACGAACCAGAACAAUCGGGCUCCUGGCCAGCCCACGAACAACAACCCUCCUCCCAACCAGUCCCAGCGCCCCGCGCCGCGCCCGCAGCAAACUCAGAACAACAAUAACAAUAACAACAACCACCCCGGGGGCAGAAACGCUGGCGGCAACGCGCACAAUCACGCCCCCAGCCCGCAACAGCAGAGACAGUCGACCAACCGGAGCGCAGGCACCGCUCGCUCGGGGAACGCAGGGAAUAGCCAUGUCCCCAGAGCGCUUUCGACGCCCCGCCAGCAGCCGCCCUGGCAGGAUGCGCAGAGGAUGACUUCUGCCACCGGUGCGCUCGUGCCUGCUUCCCGGGCGCUCGUUGUCGGCCAGGGAAGGGGACGGCGCGCAUGAUUGUGUGUGUUUUCGAGUAUGGAGGGGGGGGGCUGCCUGUGUAAGCAUAGAGCGUCCAGCAAGGGAACCGGCUCGGGGAGGAGAUUGGGACGAGAAGGUAACUGUGUGCUUGUAACAAUAUCACUCGGAACU